AUAGAGCGGAAUAGAGAUCCCAACAUGAAGUACCUAAUGUUGAUUGCCCUGUUUGUGGUCGCUGCUUCGGCGACGGACAACGAUGAUCCGAUUUCCCAGGAAUCCAAUGUGGAGUACAAUGGCAAAUACCAUUAUCAUUAUGAGCUGAAAGACGGCUCAAAGGCCACUCAGGAUGGAGUUUUAAAGUCCGUAAAUGCCGAUCACAAUGGGGAGUCGGUCAAUGGAAAGUACUCCUUCGUUUCCGACGAUGGAAAGACCUAUGUUGUAUCCUACACGGCGGACGAGAACGGAUACCAAGCAGUUGGCGAUCACCUGCCCACGCCGCCACCCACGCCGGUGUCCGUUCUGAAGGCUCUGGAGUACAUCCGCCUGCAUCCGUACAAGACGCCCGAAGAGAAGCCAUAGUCAGCCAACUAGAACUAAGCCAGAAUGUGAUUGGAACCAAAAGAACUGAGAAAAAUAU